AGCAGCGUGGGCGCGGGCCACCUGCGCGCGGCUGCCUGCGCUCGCGGCUGCUACCAGAGUCCGAGUCCAUGAGUCCAAUUUCCAGUGUCGUUCUUUCCAACGGAAGGGUUUUCUGCUCAAGGGUCGAUCAGAAAGGCGCUUGCAUUCUAAAAGUACCGUAGGCCAGAAUUCAGAAGCUCGACAUAUCCCUGGCUUUGAGGAUCAAGCUCGCUGGGCAAUCCCUUCGCGUCUUCAUUCCUCCUAUGUGGGCGCGGAUGCCUGCGUGCGCGGCGCGCGUCUCCUCUUUCUCCCUCGCCACCCGCACCGUCCACUUGGCAUCCGCACAGUCACAACGCUCAUUCAUUUCAGACUGCAUUCAUAGUCUUUGUAAGUCUCCGUCACCUUCAUCCUUCCACCAAUCGUUUGUGGGCGCUAAGCGCAGCCCUUUCAUGUCAUUUGCUGCCGCGAGAGCUCAAGCGGCCAUCGACAUUUCGGCAGCCGAGGAGGGAAAGAGACAGAAGAUGACGAAGAAGAUCGGGACCCACAACGGCACGUUCCACUGCGAUGAGGCGCUCGGUGUCUUCCUCCUGGAGAGGACGGACAAGUUUGCAAACGGGGAGCUUGUGAGAACGAGAGACGCAAAGGUCCUGGACACGUUGGACGUUGUGAUUGAUGUGGGCGGCACAUACGAGCCAGACAAGGAUCGGUAUGACCAUCACCAGAAGGGCUUUGACACCGUCUUUGGCCAUGGAUUUAACACGAAGCUCAGCAGCGCUGGCUUAGUGUACAAGCACUACGGCAAGGAGGUCGUAGCAAAGGUGCUGGGUCUUCCGUUGGACCACCCCGACGUGCAGACCGUCUACCUGGCAGUCUACAAAAACUUUCUCGAGGCGGUCGAUGCCAUCGACAACGGUGUGAACCAGUACGACGCUAACUCCCCUCCAAAGUACAUCAGUAACACGCACCUCGGGGCGCGGGUCGCGCGGCUGAACCCGAACUGGAUGCAGCCGUCUUCAGAAGAGCAAGAAAACGAGUCGUUCAGGAAGGCCUCGAAGCUGGCCGGAGAAGAGUUUCUAGAGUCCGUGAACUACUUUGGGAAUGUGUGGCUCCCGGCGCGGAGCAUUGUGGAGGCGACGUUGGCGGCGCGGAAAGAGGUGGACUCGAGCGGGGAGAUCUUGCAGCUGAAGUCCUUUUGCCCGUGGAAGGAGCACCUGCACGAACUAGAGGAGGAACAUCAAGUGGAGCCCAAGAUCAAAUAUGUUCUAUAUGAGGACGACCGGGCCAUGCAGUGGCGCGUCCAGGCGGUGUCACAGGCCCCGGGGUCGUUUGAGAGCCGGAAGCCGCUGCCCAAGGCGUGGCGGGGCCUCCGGGACGACGACCUGUCGCAGGCGAGCGGAAUUCCGGGUGGCGUGUUCGUGCAUAUGAGCGGAUUCAUCGGCGGGAACAAGACGUACGAGGGCGCGCUUGCUAUGGCGCGGAAAGCUCUAACGAUGGACUUGUAAAAAGUAUUGAUAAAUUGAGAGUUUUAAUCUAGCAGCACAAUUUGGGACCAGUACCUGAUCGGACGUUGUCAUAGGCUCUUUGUUGACUGGAAGCGCAGGCUCGCUCACUCAUCUUACUUCCGCGCUAGCCAAGACCCGC